AAAUCUGAUAAUAAAAAUAUUUCGCAAACAUUCUCUGAUUCCUGCAAACACAAAACCUACGUUGAUAUGGAAUCCUUAGCUGAAGCAACCUCGGCAGCCAUAGGCUCAAUCUUGAGCACCACUACAUUGUACCCUCUUGACACUUGCACCACCAAAUUCCAAGCUCAGGUUCCUUCCCUUCACCACCCAAAAUAUAGGAACUUCUGUGACGUGUUAACUGAAGCGAUAUCUAGCGGUCAGGUGUCUUCGCUUUACCAAGGAAUUGGAACCAAAAAUCUUCAUUCUUUUGUUUCGCAGUUUGUUUACUUCUAUGGCUACAGCUACUUUAAAAAUCUCUAUAUGGAUAAAAGGUGUUCUAAAUCCAUUGGAGCCAAAGCGAACUUGGUAAUUGCUGCUAUUGCCGGGGCCUGCACAGUCAUUGUGACUCAGCCCUUGGAUAGAGCCUCUUCAAGGAUGCAGGCAAGUGCCUUUGGAAAGUCUAAAGGGCUAUUGAAGACCCUUGCAGAAGGCACAUGGAGUGAUGCAUUUGAUGGCCUCUGCAUUUCCUUGUUGCUGAGCUCAAAUCCUGCAAUUCAGUAUACAGUGUUUGAUCAGCUGAAACAAAGAGCACUGGGGAGUACAAGAGACAAAGAUGAUAAGGGCUUAUCUACAUCAUCCCUUUCUGCAUUCAUGGCCUUUCUUCUAGGUGCUAUUUCAAAGAGUGUUGCUACCUUCCUAACAUAUCCUGCUAUCAGGUGCAAGGUCAUGAUUCAAGCUGCAGACAUGGAUGAAGCAACCUCCAAAACAAAGAAAAAAUCACAGAAAACAGUGUUUGGGGUUCUCUAUGCAAUAUGGAAAAGGGAGGGUAUACUGGGAUACUUCAAAGGGUUGCAAGCUCAGAUAUUAAAAACUGUUUUGAGCUCAGCACUGCUUUUAAUGAUCAAGGAGAAGAUAUCUGCAUCUUCUUGGUUUCUUAUACUAGCUGUUAGAAGGUAUUUAUUGUUCACAAGGGGUAGACUUAGACUACAAAACUUUAAAUAGAAAUCAUAAGUUCAUAACCAUAGUGGAAAAAUUAUUUUGUUGGACCACACAAUGCAUUUAUUUAUAUGGAUA